GCUGUGGCAGGAACUUUUUGCAGCCCUUGUUGCACCUUGUUGGCGCAAAGGUUAUCUCCCUUGCGAGUGGACUCCAUUUUCUUGAAGGACUGCAUUGAAAAGUACCGCGGCUCUCGAGCAGGAGGUUAGCUUGUGGUGCUCGUUUCGCCGUUGUAGGAAACCUCAGUGCCAGAUGGCGAGUCGCGCCGCUGCGGCUGCCAGGGUGCAGAUCCCAGUGAAUGGCAUCGUAUCCAAGGAAGUGCAGCAACAGCAUUUCGUUGCUCAGCAGAUUGGUGCGCCAGUGGGUUUCUUUGAAAGAGGGCCAGCAAAGUCUGAACGGCGAGUCAGCAACCGCGAGGCGCUUGCCCGGCAUCUUAGCUCGUCCUCUGCAAACCCGCUUGCAGAUGUCAGGAACAGGGUCUUCAUUCGUUGUCCACACAGAGGGCGCCAGCUAGCCCGUGCAGAGGCCAGCGGUAACGGCGCAGCGCAAACGACCAGGCGGCCCGAGUAUAUUCCAAACCGGAUAGAUGACCCUAACUAUGUCCGCAUCUUCGACACCACACUGCGGGAUGGCGAGCAGUCCCCAGGGGCCACGAUGACCAGCAAGGAGAAACUAGACGUCGCUAGACAACUCGCACGCCUCGGGGUGGACAUCAUCGAGGCUGGCUUCCCUCGGGCGUCCCCCGACGAUCUCGAGGCCGUUCGCAGCAUCGCAAAGGAGGUGGGGAAUGCAGUGGACGAGACGGGGUACGUUCCAGUGAUCUGCGGCCUCGCGCGGUGUAACAAGCAGGACAUUGACGCGGCAUGGGAGGGCGUGCGGCACGCAAAGCGCCCCCGGAUACACGUCUUCAUUGCCACGAGCGAGAUCCACCUGGAGUAUAAGCUGAAGAAGACGCGCGACGAGGUUGUGCAGAUUGCGCGGGAGAUGGUGGGGUACUGCAAGUCCCUGGGGUGCAAUGACAUUGAGUUCAGCCCGGAGGAUGCAGGGAGGUCCGACCCUGACUAUGUCUGCCGGGUACUCGGUGAAGUCAUCAAGGCUGGCGCCACUACCCUCAACAUCCCUGACACUGUUGGUUACACCAUCCCCAAGGAGUUUGGCGAGCUCAUCGCGUACCUGAGGAAGAACACGGAGGGCGCCGAAAACGUCAUCUUCUCCACGCACUGUCAAAACGACCUGGGCCUUGCUACAGGAAACACCCUGGCGGGGGCUGUUGCCGGGGCGAGGCAGCUGGAGGUGACGAUCAACGGCAUUGGAGAGCGAGCCGGGAACACGUCGCUUGAGGAGGUUGUGAUGGCAAUCCGGUGCCGAGGAAACAACCUGUUUGAUGGGCUGUACACGGGCGUCAACAUCAAGCAAAUUGCGGUUGCGAGUAGAAUGGUCACGGACUACACGGGCAUCAUGGUCCAGCCCCACAAGGCGAUCGUCGGGGCCAACGCGUUCGCGCAUGAGAGCGGCAUUCACCAGGACGGCAUGCUCAAGAACAAGGGCACGUACGAAAUCAUGUCGCCAGAGGACAUUGGGCUUGUACGGGCGGACGCGGCGGGGCUGGUCAUGGGCAAGCACAGCGGGCGGGCGGCGCUCAAGGCGCGACUCCAAAAGCUUGGUUACGAGCUGGAGCCCAAGGACCUGGAAGACGUGUUCGAGCGUUUCAAGGGGCUCGCGGACAAGAAGAAGACCAUCACGGACGGCGACCUGGAGGCGCUCAUUUCGGACGAGGUGUUCCAGCCGACGCACGUGUACAGCCUGGUUGACCUGCAAGUCGUCACCGGUACCAUGGGCCUCCCGACCGCAACCCUCAAAAUGAGCGGCCCGGGGGGGCAGAUGCACAUCGGCUCCGCGGUUGGGUCGGGCCCGGUCGACGCGUCGUACAAGGCCGUGGACUCGAUCGUCAAGAUUCCGGUCGAGCUGGUCGAGUACUCGGUGAACGCAGUGUCGGAAGGGAUUGAUUCCGUCGCGACCACGCGGGUCGUCAUCCGGAGCGAGAACGAAGCAGGGAGCAGCCAGAUUCACUCGCAAACGGGAGCGGAAGUCCACCGGUCAUUCAGUGGAAACGGGGCUAGCGAGGACAUUGUAGUGUCGAGUGUCCGUGCAUAUAUAAGUGCACUGAACAAGCUGAUUGGGUUCGGUUACGAGUCUGCACCCCGGGAAAAACAGGCUGCACAGAAGGUCGUCGCCUCUUGACCUAGCGAUUAGAAAGUUGAUCUGUUGGUCCGUCAGAGACCGUAAUUAUAAAGGACAUGGGAUUCAAUGCUAUCCUCCUCGGCCACGAAUUGGUUGCUCGUAGUCCGUUUGUCGAUAUUCUCUUAGCCGACGCUACACAUAUACUUUCUCUGCAUAUUUCCGGAAAUUUGCGGGUGGCGGACUCUCUUCAUAUUGCAUUGAAAUCUUGCGACGUGGUGGAGGCC